AUGAGUUAUGUCAUUAUACAUGAUGCUUGUCUUCUACCCACGGCCAGGCCAAAUGUUUGUGCUGACCAGGAGGUUUCCAUGUUAGGGCGCCGCCAGCCAUGUGUCCAGGCUUUUACCCGCAUGGUCAAGGUCUGGAAACAGGGUUGCAACAACCACAGAUCGUGUAUGGGCUACAAGAGGAGUACAGCCUACUACACAGCAUACAGACAAAUGUACAGCAUGGACUUGCACACUGUCUACAAGUGCUGUCCAGGAUGGACUCAGAAGGGUGUAGAAGUGGGCUGUCAGCACAGAGUCUGUGCAGCCAAUACAUGUUUCAACGGAGGUGAGUGUGUAGAGACUGAAGAGCAGAUCUGUCAGUGUCCACCGGGCUUUAAAGGGACAAGAUGUCAGUACGAUGUUAAUGAAUGUGAAGUGGACAACGGUGGCUGUGAGGGGCGCUGUUGCAACACCAUUGGCAGCUACUACUGCAAGUGCCCUGAAGGCAGCAGACUGCAGCGCGAUGGCAACACAUGUGUGGAUACAAAUGAAUGUGAGGAGCUGAAUGGAGGAUGUCAGCAGACGUGUGUCAACACGCGGGGCUCGUACUACUGUGAGUGCAGCGAAGGGUUCCACAUGCACACUGACGGUCGAUCCUGCAUCUCUGUGACUUCCUGCUCAGUAAUGAACGGUGGGUGUGAACACAAGUGUGUGGACAUGGGAAACAAUCAACACAAGUGUGAGUGUGGGAAAAACUACCAGCUGAGGAGAGAUGGGAGACACUGUGAACUGAGAAACCCCUGUGAAGACAGGAAUGGGGGCUGCACCCAGCUGUGUUUUUCUGAAGACGCUCUGGUUCAGUGCAGCUGUAGAAGUGGUUUCACAUUAGCUGCAGAUGAACGGACCUGUGAAGACAUAGAUGAGUGUGUUUUACAUGGUGUCAAGUGUUCUCAUGGAUGUGUCAACACGCCGGGCUCUUUCAGCUGCGUCUGUAAUCCAGGAUUUGAACUCGGUGCAGAUGGUAAACGGUGCUACCGCAUAGAGAUGGAGAUCAUCAACAGUUGUGAGAAGAACAACGGUGGAUGUUCUCAUCGCUGUGAGCACACCACCAACGGAGCCCACUGCUCCUGUAAUCAUGGCUUCCAGCUGGACCAGGACAGAAAGACCUGCGUUGAUAGAGACGAGUGUGUGAGUGAGCACUCCUGCUGCAGUCACUCCUGCAGGAACUACCCCGGAGGCUACGAGUGCAGCUGUAGAGCCGGUCACAGACUCAACCCAGACGGCUGUGGUUGUGAUGACAUUGACGAGUGCCUGGCAGCAACAUCAGGCUGUGAACACUACUGUGUCAACACCAUGGGAACAUACGAGUGCUUCUGUAGACUGGGCUUCCGUUUGGACCAGGACCAGCACUCCUGCGUCUCUCUUUAUGGCAGAGACCUGGAAGAUGAAGAUGAAGAAGAGGAGGAAGAAGAAGAGGAGGAGCAGCUGGAGGUUCACAGACUACCUGACCUGCUCUUUCGUAAUGCUCCUCAGCUCCUGCAGUACACAGCGGCCCUGCACGCCCGUUCUGACAGUAAUCAUGACUAUGACGUUGUGGACGAUGAGGACGAAGGCGGUGAGAACCAGCUGCAGGCUCAGAGAGACCACAGAGGAGAACUCAAACAGAACCUCCACAUAGGUAGAGUGUGUGGAACCUCAAAGAUAUUUGAUCUUAAAAAAAAGAAUGACUCAAAUUUGUCAUUUGCCGUGUCAGCAUGUUUGGAUGGAUGGUUUGGAGACGACUGCAGCGUGACCUGUGAAGACUGUGUGAACGGAGAGUGCAGUGAAAAUGCAGAGCAGUGUCAAUGUUUCCCUGGAUGGAUGGGAACCAUCUGCAACAUGAGUAAGUCAAAGUGUCAAAGUGCCUGUAAUAGUCUUUGCCGCUGCCACAACGGAGGCUCCUGUGACCCUGUGACUGGGACGUGUUCGUGCCCCCCAGGUGUACAGGGCCCACGCUGCGAAGAUGGUUGCCCAAAGGGAUAUUUUGGGAGACACUGUAGAAGAAGAUGUAAGUGUCCGAACGACGGCCACUGUCAUCGUCUGUACGGGGCCUGUCUCUGUUCUCCAGGACUUUAUGGUCGUUUCUGCCACCUGCCCUGUCCCAGGUGGACCCACGGUGCAGGCUGUUCCCAGGAAUGCAACUGUGUUCAAGAACAUUCCUCUGGCUGUGACCCAAAAACGGGAAGCUGCCUGUGUAAAGCAGCGUACCACGGCCCCCAGUGUGACAAAGAGUGUGAUCCAGGCUUUUUUGGAGCAGGCUGUGAGGAGUCAUGUGACUGUCCAACAGGGGGUUUGUGCAACCCCAGGACUGGGGAGUGCAGACUUCAGUGUCCUGCUGGACUGUAUGGAAACCAAUGUCAGCUUGCCUGCGAAGCUGGAAGCUACGGACAAAACUGUCUUCUGGCCUGUGACUGUGGGGGAAAUAGUUGUGACCCAGUUAGUGGACAGUGCAUCUGUCCAUCUGGAAAGAUGGGACGCUCCUGUCAGGAAGACUGCCCUGGAGGAUUCUGGGGGUUGAAGUGCCAGUCGUCCUGUCCUCCCUGUCAGGACGGAGGUUUGUGCAACAAGCAGACAGGAGGCUGUGACUGUGAGACAGGCUUCACUGGAGACCUCUGCCAACACAAGUGUCCACCAGGCUUCCAUGGACCCGACUGUGUACUGCAGUGUUCGUGUGACUCUAACAGCAGCUGUGACCCUCAGACCGGUCACUGCAGCUGUCCUCCAGGCACCAGUGGUCACGACUGUGGUGCAGCGUGUGACUCUGGUCACUGGGGUCAAGGAUGCACCAGGAGCUGCCAGUGCCGGGACAACUCUCUGGGCUGCGACCCCAUCAGCGGUCAGUGUGUGUGUGAGAGCGGCUUCACGGGAGACCAGUGUGAAAAGCAGUGUGUGGAUGGCACCUACGGGCAGGGCUGCAUCCAACAGUGUGGCUGUCAAAAUGGAGCCCACUGUGACCACGUGAGCGGAGCCUGCACAUGUGCACCUGGCUACACUGGCACUUCCUGUGAAAAGGUUUGCCCGGACGGCUUUUACGGUCUAUACUGCGGCCAGAUGUGCGAGUGCAGGAACGGUGCCCGCUGCCACCACAUCACAGGAGCCUGCCUAUGCACCGCCGGCUGGGCAGGACCACACUGCAUUCUGGACUGUCCUGCUGGGACGUUUGGACUCAUGUGCAGCCAACUGUGCCAGUGUUCAGGGGACCAGGAACAGUGCCACCCUGUGACGGGGAAGUGCAGCUGCCUACCAGGUUACUACGGGUCACGCUGUGACUUACGAUGUCGUGCAGGGAGCUUUGGGCCGAACUGUAGGUUCAGGUGCAGCUGUACCAACUCUGCUCGCUGCGACUUCAGGACUGGAACUUGUUUCUGUCCUCCUGGCUACGUCGGCGCUAACUGCAGCCAAAGUUGUCCUAGUGGUUUCUACGGGAAGGACUGUGCGAAGCUGAGCUCUUGUAGCGACGGAGGGCAGUGCAACCCGGUUACUGGGAGGUGCAACUGCAGUCCUGGUAGAAUGGGGCAGUAUUGUCAGCAAGCAUGUCCUAGAGGGCGCUAUGGGCUUCAGUGCCAUAACCUGUGCAGCUGUCAGAAUGGAGGACUGUGUGACCCAGUUGAUGGAUCCUGUAGGUGUGGACCGGGCUGGACUGGACCGCACUGUGACACAGCUUGUCCACAGGGACACUAUGGUCUGGACUGCUCUCAUGACUGUCCCUGUCACAACAAUGGUACCUGUGACCGUUUUACUGGAACUUGCUCGUGUACAGCUGGAUACUACGGCAACUCCUGCCAACACAAAUGCACUUCAGGAUUUUUUGGAAAGUAUUGUGGCCAAACCUGUGAGUGCAGAGUGGGCCGAACAUGUGACCCAGUAACUGGACAGUGUGAAUGUCCACCAGGCUACGACGGCUCGCACUGCCAACAACGUUGUGAAGCUGGCAGCUUUGGACUGAACUGUGCAGAGUCCUGUCACUGUGCUGGUGACGCCCCAUGUGACCCAGUGACUGGGCGGUGCUUGUGCCCCCCCGGGAGGACAGGGGAGAGAUGUGAAAAGGAUUGUGCUGGAGAUCGGUUCGGUCCUGACUGCUCCCUGCCCUGCCACUGCUCCCACGGGGGUCACUGUGACGGAGUAACUGGGCGAUGUCUAUGUCCACUCACCUGGCUGGGCCCCACGUGUAGUCAAGCGUCACUACAACAGUCGUCCAGACUGUCGGACUUCUCUGUGUCUCAAAGAAGGAGAAGAACCGGCAGAAAAGUCCUUUAACCUGAGGCCCAGGACUGGACAUGGAAAAACGCACAGAGCUCAGUGGAGUCAAGUGGUACUGCAGCUGUGUGUGCUGAACUUCAUCAUAGUCUCAGCGAUCCACACUCUUCAUCACCACUGAGCAUCAUCAUCAUCAUCAUCAUCAUCAUCAUCAUCAUCAUCCAGUCAUCUGGCAUGCGAGGAGCCUCAGAGGACCAGGUCCUCAUCUAGGAUAACUACAUGUCUACAUACACACAUGUAGUGAUGUGAAUGUAAAACAUCACUGUAGACUGACUGUAGACUGUAACCCUAACCCUAACCCUAACCCUCUUAUUAUUUUUCACUCCUUGUUGUUUGUUCACUGUCACAACAGUGGUGAGUGAUAAUAUUUGAAGUUAUUUAAUUGUUACAGUAUACGUUACACCAACAUGCACUUCUUAUUCAACCAGGUCCCAGUUGUCCUUCUCCAUGGUGGUCAGUUGUCCUUCUCCAUGGUGGUCAGUUGUCCUU